UAGGGGCUUUGAUGGGGAUGCUCUGAGUACUCAACAAAAUUCGAAGUCUAGCUAGUUCAGGGCCACUGGUUUAAAAUAUUUUAUUUUAUUUUAUUUUUGUUUGAAGACCAAAGAAUGGAGAAAGUGGGUGUUGGUGUGUACACAUCGAUCACCAGGUCUUGGCUUGUGGGUUCAAAACACAGCAGCAUUAUUGUGAAAUGGAAUUGCUACAAAUGCAAGAUUAUGAAAAACUUGGAUUGUUUUGCUUGUGAUCCAAAUCUGAUAUCUGGGGCAUUGAUGUGGUGGUGGCCGAGAGUUGCAAUGGUUGGAAUCGGAGUAGGAGGAAGGAGUGAACAUCAAAUUUGUGCCAUGCCUGCCAUCUGAUUGUUAAAAUGUUUAUAUGUAGAGAUGAUGGAAGUGGUUGCUUGCUUUGGUUUGGUGAGUUGAUUGAUAUGAGAGAGUUCAGUGAAGAUGGGCCAGACAUUUAUAUAAGGAUGGCUUCCUCUGAGUUAGUCCAACAAGUCAGCUUAAAUGGCAAGAAAAGAAAGAUAGUAGCAGUGACCUUGGCAUUUUUAAUUGGACUUCUUCUGCUGGGAAAUCUGAUGCACAACUCUGAACAAGGUCACACUGACAAAAGCCAAACGGAAGAUCUAGAGUUACCAUUGUUCGACUUAGCUGUAAUAGUUAAUUCCACAAAUAACUUUUCAAUCAACAACAAGCUUGGGGAGGGUGGUUUCGGACCUGUUUACAAGGGUAUAUUGGAAGGAGGACAAGAAAUAGCUGUGAAGCGGUUAUCAAAGAAUUCUAGCCAAGGACUUGAUGAGUUCAAGAAGGAAGUUAUUUGUAUUGCCAUACUUCAACACCAAAAUCUCCUGAGGCUUCUAGGAUGCUACAUUCAAGGAGAAGAAACAAUGUUGAUCUAUGAAUACAUGCCUAACAAAAGCUUGGACUAUUUUAUAUUUGAUCAAACCAGAAGCUUGCUACUGGAUUGGCCGAAGCGCUUCCACAUUAUUAAUGGGACUGCACGGGGGUUUCUUUAUCUCCAUCAAGAUUCCAGGCUAAGAAUUAUUCACAGAGAUCUCAAAGCUAGCAAUAUUUUGCUAGAUAUUGACAUGAACCCAAAAAUAUCAGAUUUUGGAUUAGCUAGAAGUUUUGGAGGAAAUGAGACAAAAGUAAAUACAAAAAGAGUGGUUGGAACAUAGUAAGAAUCUCUAUAACUUGUUUUUUCUAGUUCAGUUAUUCUUCAAAAUCCAGUUCUUCAUUCUGUGUUUUGUUGUAGCGGUUACAUGUCUCAAGAGUAUGCAAUAGAUGGGCUAUUUUCAAUAAAAUCAGAUGUAUUUAGCUUUGGCAUUUUAGUGCUAGAGAUUGUGAGUGGGAAGAAAAACAGAGGUUUUUAUCAUCUAGGUCACAGCUUUAACCUCCUUGGCCAUGUAAGUGUACUAAGAUUAGAAGCUAUGAAGCACGGACACGUCUCUAGAGGCAGCGUAUGGGUGUUGGACACGUGUCGGACAUGGACACGCGUCGGACACGCGGUAGACACGUGUCCAACACUCGACCUAACGUGUCCCUUUUUUUUUUUUUUGAAUUUUUGCAGCCGGACACUCGUUUGGACACUGUUGGACACACUAUGGACACAUUAUGGAAAGAGCAGGAGAGAAACCCUAACCUGUUGCAUAGAGAGAGAGAGAGAGAAGGUGAAGAACUUGUUGAAAUGGAGCCCUAGAUUAGGUAUGUUCUUCGAUUCUUCAAAUCUCUUCUUUGAUUUUCUUCUUUUCUUCUGUUUUUCUUCAUUUUUCUUGUUCUUUCUUCGUUUCGUCCGCGUCGUCUGUGUCGUCUCCCUCUCUCUCUCUCUCGCUAUGGUGUUUCGGCCCUCUCCUUUGACUAUCGAUCACUAUCUGCUCUCUCUCUCUCUCUCUCUCUCGCUAUGGUGUUUCGGCCCUCUCCUUUGACUAUCGAUCGCUAUCUGCUCUCUCUCUCUCUCUCUCUCUCGCUAUGGUGUUUCGGCGCCCUCGUUUGACCAUCGAUCGCUAUAUACAUUAUAUA